AAAAAUACAUACAGAGUGCCAAACCCUCUCCACAGACUCCCUCGGUCCGUCGUUCCCGCUUCUGCAAAGAAAGAAUGACAAUAUAAAGCGUCUGGGAAGUACUGCACCCCUCCAACGGUCAUACAACAUACAAACGAGCAAACCCUACCCAAAAUGUCAGAAACGGCAACAACAACGACCACACUAACUCAACGAGUCCCCUCCUCAUCCGCGUCACGGGAAAGCGGAAUAAAAGGGAAAGAAAAGGAAAUCCCCAUCUACGAAACCAUAACCCCGCCCCGAGCCCUCAACUCCAUCGUCGAAAACGACAUCUACCUCCUAGGCGGCCAAGUCGCCAUCCUAUGCCAGUUCGCACACCCAGCUCUUGCAAAGGGUAGCUUCAAGCACUCGUCAUUUGCCGACCGCAUCCCGCAGCGUCUCCGAAACACGGCGCGGUUCCUGAAUGUCGCGGUUUGUGGAAAUGAAGAGGAGAAGAGGGCCAUAUUCGGCGUGAUCCAUCGCUACCAUUCGCGCGUGAAGGGGGACGAUUAUAGCGCUGACGAUCCCGAGCUGCAUAAAUGGACGGCGGCGACGUUGUUUAUUUCGAUUGUGCUAGUGCGCGAGACGUUCUUUGGGAAGAUGGAGAAGGCAGAGAUGGAGAAUAUGCUUAGGGAGAGUGCGGUAUUUGGGACGUCGUUGAGAAUGCCCCCCGAGAUGUGGUUUGAUUCGCUGGAGGAGUUUUGGGAGUACUGGGAUUAUAAUAUUGCCACGCUGCAGGUUACGGAUAUGGCCAGGAGUUUGGCCAAGGAUCUCAUGUAUCCGAGGAAUCUGCCGAGAGAGAUGGCGUUGACGUUGCCUGUUGCCAGGGUGCUUACAGUGAAUUGGUUGCCGGAGAGGUUGGCCAGGGAGUAUAAUCUGCAGCCGACGUUGUUGAAUCAGGCUACGUAUGUUGCGUUUGUGGCGUGGGUGAGGGCUGUGUAUCCUAUGCUGCCGCAGGCGUGGAGGGGGAGAAGACACGUGGAGUAUAUGGAGGACUUGAAGAAGGCUGUACAAAGGAUUCAUGAGACAGGGCAUUGGGCUGGUAUUUAA